UCAUAAUUUACAGACUCGAGAUUCAAGAUGGCGCAACCCACGGAGGCCAUGUGUUCCAUGAUGCUGGAGGUUUUAAGACAAAAAAGCAACACGUCAUCUCCUGAUACUUCCAUCAAUUUGCUCUCAUCAUUUAUUGAAGACUCAACGGAACUGCAGAUUUUUAGUCAAGAACGAAAUUGUGCAAGUUGGAUUGGCCACAUCAAUGGCUGUCUGAACUCAUCAAAAACAAGGUUGGAGGGCUUGAUCGUUUUGAGGGCGCUUGUCAAUCAGUGUCCAGCUGAAGUCUUCCAACAGUAUUGUGCAUCGUGGGUCAGACUGUUGACGCAAAUUCUACAGUCUUACGACCCUCCUCCUGUCAUUGCCCUGGCAUCCGUUGCUCUGAGAAACAUCCUCAAGGAAGCGGCACAGGUAUCGGAGCUGUCGAGGGAGAUUUCCAACACUUUCAUCACGCCCAUCAUCACGGCAGCACUGGAGCUGAAGACGGAGUGGCAGGAUUCGGCCAUUCAGAUUCUUGCUGCCUGCAUUCAGUCCUUCCCGGGGCCCUGCGGGACGUUUCGAACCCGAACCGAAAACUUUCUCAUCCAAGUCAUGGGCAGCAGCGGCAGUGUCGACAUUGCAGUGUCUGCCAGCCAAUGCCUGGCCCUCCUUCCCAGGGUUGGCGGCGGGGGGCAGGGAGGCACCAAACAUGCCGAGGCCUGGUCCUAUUACUGCCACAGAGUGCUGGCUACCAUCAAGGACCUAACGGAUAAGAUCUACCAUGACUCACAGCCAGAGAAACAGUCCGACUCUUCACACCCACCUUUCACGAUGCCCGAUGCGCCGCUCAAGGAGCCAACGAGGAUGUACACCUUGGUCAGACAAUUCAAAGUGAUGAGUGCUUGUCUGCAGCACAUGCUAAGGGCUGAAUUUCCCGAAAUGGUGAAAAUUCCAGUGAAGAGCAUUCUGUCAUUGUGUGUGAGGAUUCUUGUCCCAAGCAUGCUGUUCAAAGGACUGAAGUCAGCAUUGCAGACUGGAAACUUUUCCUCAGUGCACAGCGAAGCUUUCAACAUUUUAGCUGCACUUUUAAUCAGUUGCCGUGGCAACCUGAGUCUUCAUAAGGACAUCAUCAACGAGCUCUUUGUGAAGUCGCAUGCCUUCAGGCCAAGCGUCCAAUCAGAUGAUGCCAAGUACAGGGUACUCAGUGGACUGAAGCUGUCUGUCUACGGCGCUCUCGAAAUCUGGUUGGAGACGAGCGGGUCUUGUUCCGGAAUAGAGACGGGCGCUGACAAAUUACUGGAGGCAAUAUUGAACGAUGCACGCCCCCAGGCUCAAAUGACCAAGUUGAGGGUAACCACUGAAAAACCUACAUCAAUGAAUGCCAAGAAGUCUGGAAAGAGCAAACAGAAGGGAGAGACGGCUGGAGGAGAGACUACCACCACAAGCCUAGCCAGCCAGCAGAAAACAUCACCCCCAUCAAGCAGUCGGGUCUGCCUAGCCGCUCUGAAAGUCCUGAGGUGCCUUCUGACGAGCAUCGGAACAAGAGUCAAGCCCAAUUUUCACAAGGAUGUCCACGAGUUUGUCAUCCCACUCUUGCUCCACCUCCAGCAGCUUCCCCCAAUCCUGAUCCCGGCACCUUACUCCAACGCCGACUGCCGUAGGGCUUUGUAUCAUGUGCUACUGUCGUCAGUGACCGCACCUCACCCAAGAUGGCCAGCCCCCUUGCAGUGCACAGCUGGUUUGUUCAGUCGUGGGAGGCAAGAUGCCAGUAUCAAUGUAUCCAGCUUUUGUGCUGAAGCUUCAAUCAUUUGCCAAAGUAUCAUCCAUCCCAGGGUUCCAUGCCUCCAGCAACCAUUCCGCAUUGCCCAACUUGACCCUAAGAGGGUGCCAUCACAGGUGCUGUCCAAACCACAGGCAAGCUCUGAGGUGGACCGGAUGGAGAUCUCUGACCCAAAUUUUGGACCGGCCUCGAUGGACCAAAAUACAGGGGGAAUUGUGUGGCGUAGCAGAGACACGACAGCUGGAUCUGUAGAGAUCACCCAGCCUGCGGUUUUGGCAGCAACAACGGAAGUUGAGCCGAGCAACAAAGAGAAGAGCGAGGAUUCAUCUGAUGAGGAUAGCGAUGAUCAAGGAAUCGAAGAGGAUGAUUCCAGAAUGGAGGAUAAUUGUCAGAAAAAUGGUGAUGAUCAGGAACAACAGGAGGUCAUCCCAGAGAGUCAGGAACAAUCAACUGUAUCUCAAGAGGCGUUGGACACUGAAGAUGCACAGGAGAAUGCAUCCCCAGCCCUUCCAGUUGAGACCAACAGUGUCUCUGAUGUCAUCCUCACCAGCAUGGGUAGUACGGACGUAGCUGAUCCAUCAAAGGCAUCUGAAGAUAGGACGACCUCCCCAUCAAGAAGGUCCAAAAGGCAACGGACUCGAGCGCAAAAGGAAGACAGGAGCGAAACGGAGGAUGAAGUCUUCAGAUCUGGGAGUGCCGUCCUCGGAAGUGUGAAGAGGCGGAAAGGCGAAGACAAAGAUGAGGAGAGGUCAGACGACGGCAGUAAAGACAAGGAUAAUUCAGGUGGAAGUGAGAGCAAAGGCAAAGUAGAUGUUAUGCUGGCAAGUUUUGUGGACUCGCUGCCUGAUCAAGAUUAGAAUUUUAAGAUACAUUUUUGCUCCUGCGUGAGGGUGUAGGGUUGCUAUUGGAAGCACUUCCCAGGUAUCCAUCGGUCCUGGAGUGUGGUUGAAGUACUGAUUGGUGUGCGGGCACCAGUGAUAAUCACCUAGGGCAAGUUUGGGCGCAAAGUAUAGUUUAGUAGUCGAGUGCCUUAACAAUGCACAUGCGCAGUUUGGACACACUCAAACAACCCUAGUUGGUCAAUUUUUUUUUUUAAUUUCUAAUUUCUCGCAUUUCACAGUUGGCUGCAAUUCUUGCAGCGUACAUGGUCAAAGAAUUCUUGUACAGUUUUUUGCUUGUGAAUGGUUCCCUCUUUAAUUAUAAAUGAAAUCCGUUCUUGGGUAACCAGUUGUGCGAUCAUACCCCCGAGCCUGGUCCCAGAUGGUCGACUAGAUAGUCCAAACCAUCCAUCGUUCAGGCGGUGUCAUUCAGACAAUAACAAUAUUCAUCGCUUGAACUUGCCUCCAGUUGGUUAAGGUUGUACCUGCAGCGCCCUCAGCCAACUGAGCACAGGGCAUAUUGAAAAAAGUUUACCCAGAGGUUUAUAUGGGAGGGGGGGUGAUGUUGGUGUCUUCUCUGAGUACAGAGCGAUAGCCUCAGGUUUAUCCAUCAAAUACAAUAAAACAAACAAAACAUUUGGUGUCUUUAAAAUCUUGCUAUUUUUAUUCUUCCUUGUAGAUGACAACAAACCAGUAACGUCGGGGUUAAGAUAAUUAAACGCUUCCAGCCACACAGUGUUGAACUCAAAUUGAUUUGACUUCUCAAGUCAAAUAUUUGAAAACGAUAAAUAAAUGGAUAAUUUAUGCUUUCUGAUAAAAAAGAAAUGACCCUGGUUUGGGCAGUGAGCAAAACAAAUGUAGUUUUUAACUCAAGAAAGAAAAAAUUAAACUUAUUCUCUCAAGGAAUAUAUACUGUGCUCAUUCUACUGGAGGCCAGGAACAAAGCUGUUGGCCAAGACUUGUUUUAAAAUCAAUAAGAACCAAUUUCAUCUCGUGUUUUCCUGCUGCAAUUCAACAAUUCUUUCUACCUGCAGCCCAGAUACAAAGUACAAACUCCAGAAAUCCAGUCCCGUCAUCUACCUGCAUAAAUCAGUCAUA